AUGAGGCGUGUGAUGCGACAAUGCCAUUGCGCAAUGCUGGCGUAUCCAGCUCUCCCGAACGUGGUACGAUGCACGCCUGAACUUCUGGAUUGCGCCAAAUAUGCCGCAGCUACUUUGAAUGUAAAAAAAUGCAAAUGCCUACACACUUGCAAUGUGGACAAGGAAUUCCCCACGUAUUUCAGCAACCGGUUGAUUCCAGGCAGUCAUUCUCACGAUAGCUUUUACGAUGGCUUUGAUUUGACAAAGGUGAGCGUGGUCAGACUAUUUGUGCUGAAACGCAAGAUAAAUGCAAGUGAACGCCACGCCGUCUUCAGCGAGACUGACUUAUUUUCCCAACUCGGCGGAGCUUUCAGCUUGUUCUUCGGCUGUAGCAUACUCAGCUUGUUGGAAAUCCUGCAAAUAUUCCGACAUUGGUUCCAUGCAAGAAAGAAUACUGGCAUUGUAUCUACCAAACUAAAAAACAAUAAAAAACCCUACAAAAAAAACGAAACUAAAACUAAAAAGAAAGUUAAGUUUUCGACGUAA